AUACAUUUUUUCAUCUAUAGAUUCAGAGAAGAGUCAAGUAUCUGAAGAGGGAGCUUUGAUCAACGAAAUUCCAUCAAUGGCGGGGGUUUCUUUGAAGUGUGGGGACUGUGGGGCUCUGUUGAAAUCGGUGGAGGAAGCCCAAGAACAUGCCGAACUCACCUCCCAUUCCAACUUCUCCGAGUCCACUGAAGCUGUUCUCAAUCUUGUUUGCUCUUCUUGUGGCAAACCAUGCCGAUCCAAAAUCGAAAGUGAUUUGCAUACAAAAAGAACGGGGCAUACAGAGUUUAUUGAUAAGACUUUGGAGGCAGCAAAACCAAUCAGUUUGGAGGUUCCAAAGGUAGCUAAGGAGUCAGAGGAGGCUAUUGCUGCAGGUAGCACCAGUGAGCCUGAAGAGAUGGUUGUGCCAGAGGUUGACAAAAAACUGCUUGAAGAACUGGAAGCAAUGGGUUUCCCUACAGCACGAGCAACCCGUGCAAUCCAUUUUUCUGGUAAUACAAGUCUUGAGGCUGCCGUGAACUGGGUAGUUGAACAUGAGGCUGACCCAGACAUAGAUCAGAUGCCCAUGGUACCUGUCAACAGACAUGUUGAGGCAUCUAAACCUUCUCUUACACCGGAAGAGAUGAAACUCAAAGCACAAGAGCUACGGGAGAGGGCUCGGAAAAAGAAAGAAGAAGAGGAGAGGAGAAUGGAACGAGAAAGGGAAAAGGAGAGGAUUCGAGUGGGCAAGGAGUUGUUGGAAGCAAAACGUAUUGAAGAAGAAAAUGAAAGAAAACGUUUGGUGGCCCUGCGGAAAGCUGAAAAAGAGGAAGAGAAACGAGCACGGGAAAAGAUUCGUCAGAAAUUGGAGGAAGAUAAGGCAGAGAGAAGGCGGAAGCUUGGGCUGCCACCAGAGGAGCCUUCAGCAGCACCGAAACCUUCUGCACCCAUUGUGGAGGAGAAAAAGAGCGCAUUGCCAGUUAGGCCUGCCACAAAGGCUGAACAAAUGCGCGAAUGUUUGCGAUCCCUCAAGCAAAAUCACAAGGAUGAUGAUGCGAAAGUCAAGAGAGCAUUCCAGACUCUUCUUACAUACAUAGGAAAUGUGGCCAGGAAUCCUGAUGAGGAGAAAUUCAGAAAAAUUAGACUCAAUAAUCAAACUUUCCAGGAUAGAGUUGGAUCUGUAAAAGGAGGAGUGGAGUUCUUGGAGCUGUGUGGGUUUGAGAAAGUUGAAGGAGAGGAGUUCUUGUUUCUCUCAAGAAACAAGGUCGACAUGCAAGUUCUCAACUCAGCUGGAUCUGAGCUCAACUCUGCUAUCAAUAAUCCUUUUUUUGGGGUCCUUUAACUCUGAAAAUUUACUUUCAUAAAACUAUAUAAUUAAGGCAUAUGCAUUCAUAUAUCUAUUUUGGCUUGUUCCUCUUUGGUUUUUCAUUGGAGAAUGUGGAAUUUUAUCUGUGAAUUUAAUUAUGUACCAACUGGGUAUUUUCCGCUCACAA